GGAGUUGCAUACAGCAACUCUUUCACUCUAUCUCUCCCUAACUUUCUCAUUCUGUCUCUGUCUUUCUUUUAUUCUCUCUCUCUCUUGCUGCUCUAAUGAUGCUGGUGGCUCUGAGACAGGCCAUGCAGCCCAGCAGCAUCAGCUGGACCAGGCUGGUUCUACAGAAACGCAGAGCCAGCAUUUACCACAAGCCAGCCAAGACCAAGAUCGGACCUGGGCAAAGUUUCUUCAUCAUGUCGGUGUUUGCUGUAGCUCUGCUGCUUCCAGCUGGGUGGAUCCUGCACCACAUCCCAGAGUACAGGCAGAGACCCAAAGUCCCACCAUCCUAAAGAAACCAGCAACCAGUUAAGGCGCUACGUCCUCCGGAAAAUAUCAGCUGUCUCUAAAGCAUUAUCCACCGGCCUAAGACACCACAUCAAAUCAUUACAUAUAUAAUAAAUGCAAUUUAUUACAUGGUUUAAUAUAGCAUCACCGAGUGAGAGAGAGAGAGAGAGAGAGAGAGAGAGAGAGAGAGAGAGAGAGAGAGAGAGAGAGAGAGAGAGAGUUAUUGUGAUUCUUAAACCCUUGAUUUGACUGUAAUUGGAACAAUGACUGCAUGGUGUUUAAUGCUUUAGUACACUGGCCCCUAAGACUAUUGCAGGAAAUGUUUGUGAUGACACUUGCAUUGUUUUCCUGUAAUAAAUAU